GUCUCAAGUUCAGAGGUACAUUUAAUGGGUUUGGAGAAAACAAUGCAGUGUCUGAAACCGUGGUAGAAGAGUUGUGCAAUAAAGGAAUGAUGCAGAAGAAGAGUGAUGAUUUGAAGAAGAAGAAGAAACAGAGCGGUUCUAGGGUUUGUAGUAGAGGGCAUUGGAGGAUCUCUGAGGAUACUCAGCUUAUGGAGCUUGUUGCAGCUUACGGUCCUCAAAACUGGAACCACAUUGCAGAGAAUAUGCAAGGAAGAACAGGCAAGAGUUGCAGGUUGAGGUGGUUUAAUCAGUUAGAUCCGAGGAUUAACAAGAGAGCUUUCAGUGUUGAGGAAGAAGAGAGACUACUUGCAGCUCACAGAGCAUUUGGUAACAAAUGGGCAAUGAUUGCAAAGCUUUUUACUGGAAGAACAGACAAUGCCUUGAAGAAUCACUGGCAUGUACUCAUGGCAAGAAAGAUGAGACAGCAAUCAAGUUCUUACGUCCAAAGAUUCAAUGGAGGGUCUACCCACAAACCAAACACAGAUCACAAAAUCUUCAAUCUUUCUCCUGGUUUGUGUCUUCUUACCCUAUCUACUUCUUGAUACAUAUACAUUUGAGUUUGAUCUGUUAUUGGAGUCAAGUCACAUUAUGCUAUAUCUCUUGAUAUUUAGCACUCAAGAGCAUUGAACUUAUGGUAACAUGUAAAUUGGGCUCAAAAUUAACCAGCUUGCAAGUUUUAGGGAGAUUCUCUGAUGUUGGUGAGUUCUAAGUUUCAUGUUUCUGUGUGUUCUACAGGUAAUGCCGAUGAUGAAGAUAUGAAUCUGAAAAAGUACAGCUGGGAAAUGCUAAAAGAGGAAACUACUAACCUGAAAGCUCAGUAUCUCCAAGAAGAAUAUUGUUCUUCACGCAUGCCGAUGCAGGGUCCACAUCAUCACUACUCAACCUUCCCUGCAGAUUCCUUGGCACUGACACUGCAUGUUUCCAUCCAGGAACCAUCAUCAUCAUCCUCAUCAUCAUCAUCUUCGUCAUUAUCACUGCCAUCAUCAUCAACUGCAGAACAUACAAUGGUGACCAGAUAUAUUGAGACCACUAAACCUCCAGCAUUUAUAGAUUUCCUAGGAGUAGGCCACUAAAGCUCCAACACGUAGAGUGGGAACUAAUCAAGAACUUGAUUACUCC